AUGGAGGGGCCUCCGGCGAAGAGAAGAAGGUUCUUUACGGAAACAGCUGUGGGUUCGGAUUCUUCACCAGGUGAGGAGGCGACAAAUGUACCAGAUGAAAUCGACGCGCUGCCUCCAGAAAUUGCCUGCUCUACAAACGAAAUCAGAGACCAGAAUCCUCAAGAUGAUCCAGUUUUGGAGGAAAGAACACUUGCUGGAGAUUCGCAGACUACAUUCGACCAGGAAAUGUUUGAAAACUUCAUUGGCGACAAAGUGACUCGGGAAGAACUGAAAGGGUUACGAGAGGCGUCUGGAAAUGAUAUAGAGAAGGCUGUGAAUAUGUACUUUGAUGGAUCUUGGAUACGGCCUGCGCUCGUUUCCGGUCUCUCCAGAUCUUCGUCAAACUCCAGAAGCGCUUUUAGUUCUUUCGCGAAGUCUACCAAUGGUACUGUUGAUGGCCCCAAGCCAAGCUCUGCAGAAUCAAACACCUCGUCAAGAACAGUCUCGCUUCAUCGAGUCAUGCCAGAAUACCGGUAUAUAGGAGCUUUUGGGGUUGGAGGCUGGGCUACGAAGAGUGGAACAAAUUUAAUCAAACAUGGCGAAGUUGUGCGGAUAGAGCGUCAAAAGAUACAACCACCCAAGGCACCGGCCGGAAGGGGGAAAGGCAGAACAUCAGUGGCUCAAACAUUACCAAAACCUAAUAGUGCUGCAGCACGGCGUGUCGAUGUCAUAGUACGUUUUACCAAUUCGAAGGGGUUUGAAGUUGGUCGUCUUCCUCAGGAAACGGCAAAUUGGGUUUCUACUUUAAUUGAUCAAAGGAUAUGCAGGUUCGAGGGUACAUGUGUAUAUGCGCCUGAAAGAAUUCGUACCAAUGAUACUGUCUUUCUCCAACUCAGGUGCUCAUUGUUAAGAACUGCUUUCGAUGACCGCAGUUUCCAGGCACCUGAUAAUCGGGUAACUGGUUUUUUUGAAGAGAAAGAAAGUUCUGAAGAAAAGGGUCUAAGACUCCGUCAGGUCGCGUUAGUUAAUUUAUUUCAAGAGAUUAAUCUGCUUCCUACGCAAACGAGCGAAGCAACCGCAAAACACAAGCGUCAGGGACUUUUAAGUGCUGCAGAGGCAGCUGAACAUUAUGAUAAAGAUGAAUCUAAAAUUACUGGUUCUGGUACUGGCACUCCCCCAUCUGAAGAGGUAGAGGAAGGAAAAGAACUUGAGCAAGACCAACUUGACACGUUAUAUAGCAAAGCUCAAUCCUUUGAUUUUAUUGCUCCUGAGGCAGAACCAGCAAAAAGCUUUGCAAUGGAUUUGCGACCAUAUCAAAAGCAAGCAUUGUAUUGGAUGAUGGUGAAAGAGCGCGACGAGAAAGAUAACAAGAGAGCAGCCUCGAUGCAUCCUCUGUGGGAAGAAUACGCUUGGCCUUUGAAGGACAUGGAUGAUAAAGAGGUCAUUCAAAUUGCUAAUCAAGAUAAAUUCUACGUCAACCCAUAUUCCGGUGCACUUUCCUUAGACUUCCCUCUUCAAGAACAGCAUUGUCUUGGAGGCAUUCUUGCCGAUGAGAUGGGUCUAGGCAAGACUAUUGAGAUGAUGAGUCUUAUCCACUCUAGUAAGUCUGAUGUGGCUAUGCGGCUCGAUGAGAAACGCUCAAAGGCUGCAUCAGUGAACAGUUUGCCUCGACUUCCAGCCAAUUCAUCAUCUGUAGAAAGGGCACCCUGUACAACUUUGGUCGUGGCACCAAUGUCUCUUCUUGCUCAAUGGCAAAGUGAAGCUGAGAAUGCUUCUAGGGAUGGAACCAUGAAGAGUAUUGUUUACUAUGGUAGUGAUAAAACAGCAAAUCUUCAGGCUCUUUGCUGUGAAGCUAACGCUGCAUCGGCUCCCAAUGUUGUUAUUACAAGCUAUGGCGUCAUUUUGUCUGAGUUCAAUCAAGUUACUGCUCGGAAUGGUGAUAAGGGUGGUCAUGGAGGUUUAUUUUCGCUCUCGUUCUUCCGGGUAAUUUUGGAUGAAGCUCAUUAUAUUAAAAACAGGCAGUCUAAAACCGCGAAAGCAUGCUACGAGAUUGCUGCCGAGCAUCGAUGGGCACUUACUGGUACACCCAUUGUUAAUCGAUUAGAAGAUCUUUUUAGCUUGGUUCGAUUCUUAAGAGUAGAACCUUGGAGCAAUUUUUCUUUUUGGAAAACAUUCAUCACAAUACCAUUUGAAUCUAAAGAAUAUAUGCGUGCCCUUGAUGUCGUUCAAACGGUACUGGAACCUCUAGUGCUCCGUCGAACAAAAGACAUGAAGACACCAAAUGGUGAAGCACUAGUUCCUUUACCCAAAAAGACCAUCGAUAUUGUCGAAAUCGAGCUAUCAGAAGCCGAACGCGAAGUCUAUGAUCACAUUUUCACGAGAGCCAAACGUACCUUCUCAGCCAACAUCGAAGCAGGCACAGUUCUCAAAGCCUAUACAAGUAUUUUCGCUCAAAUCCUCCGACUUCGCCAAUCAUGCUGUCAUCCCAUUCUAACCCGUAACCAAAACCUAGUAGCAGAUGAAGAAGAUGCUGCUGAAGCCGCAGACGCUGCAAGUGGUCUUUCAGACGACAUGGAUCUUCAACAUCUCAUUGAGCGCUUCAAGCUCAACGAAGAAUCAAUCGAUACUAAUAUCUUCGGGGCACAUGUCCUCGAACAAAUCCGCGACGAAGCAGAAAAUGAGUGUCCAAUCUGUUCGGAAGAACCAAUGAUUGAACAAACUGUCACCGGGUGCUGGCAUUCAGCGUGCAAAAAAUGCUUACUAGAUUACAUCAAACAUCAAACCGACAGAGGUGAAAGUCCCCGUUGUUUCAGCUGUCGCGAACGCAUCAAUCCACAUGAUAUUUUCGAAGUGGUCAAAGAUGAAGGACAUCCCGAGAGUAAAAAUGGGAAAACAAAAAUAAGUCUUCAGCGAAUCGGCUCCAAUGGAUCGGCGAAAAUCGCAGCUCUGUUAUCGAAUCUCAAAUCCAUACGGAAAGAAUCUCCGUCUAUGAAAUCAGUUGUGUUUAGUCAAUUUACGUCUUUUCUCUCUUUGAUCGAACCUGCUUUGACGAGGUCCUCGAUCCCAUUCUUGAGAUUGGAUGGUUCGAUGCCACAGAAAGCGAGAGCGGCAGUUCUGGCUCAGUAUAAAGAUAGUGAGAAAGGGAUCGUGCUACUACUUAGUCUGAGAGCGGGAGGAGUGGGGUUAAAUUUGACGAUGGCGAAGAGAGUUUUCAUGAUGGAUCCGUGGUGGAGUUUUGCGGUGGAGGCACAAGCGAUUGAUAGAGUGCAUCGGAUGGGACAGGUGGGGGAGGUGGUGGUUAAGAGGUUUAUUGUGAAGGGGAGUGUGGAGGAGAGAAUGUUGAGGGUGCAGGAGAGGAAGAAAUUUAUUGCGAGUUCACUAGGUAUGAUGAGUGACGAAGAAAAGAAAUUACAAAGAAUCGAGGAUAUUAAGGAACUUCUCUCCUAA